GUUAUUUUCAGAUAUGACAUCAUUAAUCGGAGGGAACAGCAUACUACACAUAGCAAAUCGACUAGGAGGUAUGAAGAAGGAAGUAUCGAACGAAGGAUUGGAUUCUGAGAGUGCACCAUCACCGACACCACCGUCCAUUCGACAGCCAACGCCUUUAACGGCCACAGCCACAUUCCCCGAGGUUACUGCGAACUCCGGAAGUCCCGCACCGCCCCCGGCCUCGGACGAAUCCGCGAUGGUCAUGUCGCUGUUCAAGGACAAGGAUGCGUUUACUGCGUCUCCGUCAACGUCGGAGUCUGCGGCUUGCGGCGACUCGUCCGGGCUCGUUACCGCCCAUAUCGACAUCAACUCGGCCAUUUCGCAAAUGCAGCAGCACCUGAAUGCUGCUCAACAGCAGCAUAACAUACAGAAUAACGACGUCAAAGUAGCCGACUUAUUGCCUGGAUAUUCGCCCUGGAUGAGAAAUGCGGGCCGAAAGAAAUCACAUCCUGUUUGGGAGUUCUUCAAAGAUCUCAAAGACACUAAUGGCGUUGGUGGAGUGGUGUGUUUGCACUGUUCCUGGCAAGGAGACGACCGUAGUCCGAACAAUCUGCGCACGCAUCUCAAGAAGUUCCACUCGUCCGACGGGGUCUUCGCCAGGUUCAGCGAAAAAUUAGCGCAGAUGGAUGCGUCUCCAUCGACGUCAUCUGUUGCCGAUGAUUUCCUGGCAGCCGACGUGUUAUCAUCGCUCUUAAACCCGGCUGAAUCGCCAACGGAAGGCAAGAAGAAAGGACAAAAGGGCACGAAAACAUGUAAAAAGUCAUCGGAGAUCUGGGAUCACUACCGAUUGCUAAACGAGAACCAGAAUGUAGAGUGUGUCUAUUGCUGGAAAGUACUGAAACGAGGCGAUAGUAGUACGAAAAGCAUGUGGGGACAUAUGACAGCAUUCCACCAGGAUGUUCUCGAUGAUAAGCAGAGCAGAAAGAAGCUUCGUGUAAUGGCUGUCGAGCCACUUGAGAGGAAAAAGUUCUCAGCAAUGGAUGGCGAGACACCCACGCAGCCAUAUGUCAAGAGAGCGCGCGCUGGUGGAAGCAGUCAGGCCGCUCCACCGACAGACAGUGUUGCGCUCGCAUUCCAACAAUUGCAAUCAGCCAGUCAGCUGAAUAAUCCUUUCAACUUCUUGGAGAAUCUGCCAAAGUCUAGUGAAGUUAUCAACAUAUCUGCCGGAUACCCUGUUGAAGAGGAGGAGCAAGAAAAUGCUCAUGAGAUUCAGGAGAUUCAAGCUGGAUCUUCUGGAGGUUCAUUGGCUGGAGAUACUGCAUCACCAUUGCGUGAAGACGCUGCCACAAGCGGCGGUAGUCCAUCGGUGACGUCAACCAAUCAGCUGAGCGCAUUUAUGAACAUGGCCACCAAUCCACUUAUGUGGAAUGCGAUGUUAGUGAAUUCUUCAACUCAUGGCUCUGCUUUUUCUCUCAAUGAUGGCCAGUGUGUUUCGAUGCUGAUGAAAAUGGCUCUUGAUCUUGAUCUCACUUUAUCAUACCAUAAGCGGAGGGGCGACAUAGAACUCUGCUUUGAGAGCAACCGAACGGCUGAAAAAAGCGGAGGGCGAGGCAAGGUUCUCUGCCUUUCAGAUAUGGGCAGAGAGAUAAGAGUUAUCGAAAGGGUGAAUGGAACGCCAACUGACACAGAAAUGUGGACAAAAACCGAUUUUAAUCAGUUUCACUGGGCAAUCCGUGGGAAGUGUCAAAAAGUACUGGUGAAAGGCUAGGUAUCUGUUUACCCAUGCCGAUCUCUGAUCAAUCAAACUGGUGCCUAAGAUAUAUCCCGAGUGACACUGAGAGUAUACAUGAGAGUUCUGUCCAUAGAGAUUGUCUCCUCAUUUUAUCACCGUAUACUGCCUCUGCUUACCCCGCGUACAACGCUUUCAUCGACAAACAGUCCUUCUGCCUUUAUUCUGCCGUUCAACGGAUGUUAUAUUUUAGCAAAAAUUUAUCGAGAUUUUCUGACUUUUCUUUGACAAGUUGUCUACAUACAUUAGUGAUAUGAUGUUGUUCCUAUCCGGUUACUUUCUUUUCCUUUUUUAUGCAUUAUUAUUCUUGUGUAUUAUCUGCCAAAUUCCUGCCGCCGAAUUCAUUUGCUGGGUCGACUCCAACGACUCUUUGAGUGCCGAUUGAAGCGGGUCACAGUUUCUUCUAUCAUUUCUGAAUGCAUAUGUUCUCUAUCCUUUCCUCUCUUGAACAAUCUCUGUAAUUUCUUAUAAUUAUAGGUGCUGAUUUUUAUUUUCGACACCGCGCUGACUUUAUUUUUCAAUGCUUUCGAUUACUGUAUCAUCAAUUGUGUGUAUUUUUUUUAUUAAGGGAUCAACUAUAGUCCUUAAAAGACAGUAUAUUGAGAACAAUAAACUAUCCCUCUU